UCACAGGGUAAAUUUAAUUAAAAACAUUUCUAGAUUCCUCUUCUAUCAGAGCGAUGCAUCUAUGCAUAAAAUGCCAAUCCUUACCAAUAAAUAGACCUUACUUUUAUAGAUCAUCCCUGAAACACUCAACCCCCAGCACUGAACUAUGGCUUCCUUGUUCUUCUUCUACAUCCUGCUAUUUUCAGCUGUUUAUGUGUUCACGAAGCACCUCUUCCACAAAAUCCAAAACCUCCCACCAAGUCCAUUUCCUCUACCUGUUAUUGGCCACCUAUACCUUUUAGAAAGACCUCUUCAUCGAACUUUAUCCAAACUUGCCGGCCGCUACGGUCCGAUCCUCUUCCUUAAAUUAGGUUCUCGCCCGGUCCUCGUUGUAUCGUCGUCGUCAGCCGCCGAGGAAUGCCUUGCCAAAAACGACAUCAUCUUCGCCAAUCGCCCUCGUCUGAUGGUUGGGAAAUACCUGGGCUACAACUUCACGAGCGUGGCAUGGGCACCUUAUGGGGACCACUGGCGAAACCUCAGGCGAAUCUCCUCCCUCGAACUCUUGUCCAGCCAUCGCCUUCAAAUGCUCUCCGGAAUAAGACUCGAAGAGGUCAAAUUGCUGCUUCGCCGGCUCUUUGAGAAGCAAGGUGUGGUCGUGGACAUGAGGCAGGCUUUCUUUGAGCUGACUCUGAACAUCAUGAUGAGGAUGAUAGCUGGGAAGCGAUAUUAUGGUGACGAAGUGGUGGAGGAUUUAAAGGAGGCCAUGAGGUUCCGAGAGAUUCAGGAGGAGACGGUUCGGCUGAGUGGCAAAUCUAAUUUGGGAGACUUCUUGCCGUUUGUGCGUUGGAUUGGAGGAUCGAAAAGAUUGGAGAAGAGCUUGAUGGAAUUGCAGAGAAAGCGAGAUGGAUUCCUGCAGGAUUUGAUAGAGGAGCAUAGACGAACAGCAAGUAGAAUCGCAAAUGAUUGUUGUUCGCCUUCGCCUUCGCCUUCUAAAUCAAAAGAGAGGAGGAAAACCAUGCUUGAGGUUUUGUUGUCGCUGCAACAAAUGGAACCUGAGUAUUACAAGGACGAGAUCAUCAGAGGCCUCAUGCUUGUUCUGUUAUUGGGAGGAACUGACACUACAAUUAAUACAUUGCAAUGGUCGCUGUCUCUUUUACUGAACCAUCCUGAAAUCCUAAAGAAAGCCCAAGAUGAGAUAGACAACCGGGUUGGGCAUGGUCGUCUGGUUGACGAAUCAGAUGUGGCCCAACUUCCUUACUUGAAGAGCAUAAUUAACGAGACGCUGCGAAUGUACCCACCAAUUCCACUGCUACUGCCUCAUGAGUCAUCAGAGGAGUCCACUGUAGGCGGUUUCCGUAUCCCGCGUGGCACUACACUACUCGUCAAUAUAUGGGCCAUACAGAAUGACCCUACUAUUUGGGUGGAUCCUACAAGCUUCAAACCGGAGAGGUACAUUGAAGCUGAAGGGAUGAGAAAUGAUAAGCUGAGGCUGAUGCCAUUCGGGUCGGGGCGGAGGGGGUGUCCUGGUGAGGGGCUGGGCAUGCGGGUGGUAGGAUUGGUGUUGGGUUUGAUUAUUCAGUGCUUUAACUGGGAGAGGGUUAGCCAGGAGAAGAUGGUAGACAUGAGUGAAGGGAACGGAUUGACCUUGCCCAAGUCUCAACCAUUGCAGGCUAAGUGUUGGCCACGUUCAACAAUGUCGAAACUUGUUUCUCAGAUUGAUUAAUUGGAUGCUUUCCGGCUUUGUCUUAGCGAGUUAAUUAAGCAAAUAGAUUAUGAGAUUCACGGCACCUUUUGAUUGUUUUGAUUUUUGAUAUGUACCCAAUUUAGCUUAUGGAUCCUUAGUCAUAUGAGUAUAUUCUAUCUCUAGUUAUUUUUAAUUCAAAA